GUUUGUGACGCAGUUCUCGCGACAUUUACACUCGUAUUAACUAUGUUUUUUCCCUUUCUGGUGACAGUGGGUGUCUCUGCCGCUAAUGUUAAUAAGCGGGUUUUGGUAGUAUCCUUGUUGAAGUGGAGGAGUGAUUUUUUUUCCCAAUUCCCAUUGAAAUUAGACCUAGAAAAUCUCAACACUUUGUCCUGACUGACUAUAUAAACAUGAGUGAGCUCAGACAUAGGGUGGUGCAGGAGAAGGAGCCGGAGCCACAGCAGGAUGAGAAGGAGUCUGAGUCAGAAGCCAAGCUUGAUGGCGAAACUGCAUCAGACAGUGAUACCAAGUCUGACUGUAAAGUUCCAGAGGUGGCGGUUGCUGCUGCUGCUGCAGAUGACACUCCUGAGGUUUUGAACAAAGCACUUUCAAAACUAUCUUCAAGAUGGAAGAACUGGUGGGUGCGAGGUAUUCUGACCCUUGCCAUGAUAGCUUUCUUUUUCAUCAUCAUCUACUUGGGUCCUAUUGUCCUAAUGAUGAUUGUGCUGUGUGUACAGAUUAAAUGUUUUCAUGAAAUCAUAACCAUAGGCUACAAUGUGUACCACUCGUAUGAUUUACCCUGGUUCCGAACACUCAGCUGGUAA